CACUGGAACUGUGAUUUACUUGCAACCGGCUUAAUUUUUUCCUUGCAAAAUGUCUUCGCCUGCCCCCAAAUCGCCGGAGCUGUCGGACAAGAGUAAGAAAUACGACAGACAAAUCAGGUUGUGGGGCGAACAUGGACAGACGCUUCUGGAGGCGGCCACCGUUUGUUUGGUGAAUGUCACGGCCGUGGGCUGCGAAACAGUCAAAGGUUUAGUCCUUCCCGGAAUCGGUGGCUUCACGGUGGCCGACGGCAGCACCGUCAAGGAGGAGGACCUGGGCAACAAUUUUUUUCUGGAUCAAACCUAUCUGGGAAAAUCCAAGGCUCUGGCCUGCAUGCAGCUCCUCCAGGAGCUCAAUCCUGACGUAAACGGCGACUAUGUGGAGGAGAGUGCCGACUUCAUACUGGCCAAUCGUCCCAACUUCUUUGACAGCUUCGAUUUGGUCAUUGCCUCCAAUCUCAACGAGCAGACUUUGCUCCUCCUCGCCGACCGUUUGUGGGAGGCCAAUGUCCCGCUACUCUACUGCCGCUCGCUGGGCAUGCUGGGCACCAUCCGCCUCCAGAUACGUGAACAUUGCAUUGUGGAGGCGCAUCCGGAUAACAGACAAUUUGAUCUGCGCUUGGAGCAUCCAUUUGAUGCUCUGCGAGAGCAUCUCGAUGGGACAGAGGUGACCAGCAAGGUACCCUGGCUGCUGGUGCUGCACAAGUACCUAACUACCUGGCAGAAGCAGCAGGCGAAUGGGACUCCAACGCCGCGCACUUACAAGGAGAAGAACCAACUGCGUGACACUAUCAGGAACGAGAUGAAGGCGGACGAGGAGAACUAUGAGGAGGCCAUCAAGGCGGUGAAUACGGCAUUCGGGGCAGGACAGAUUCCCACGGGCCUGAAGUCCAUUUUCGAAGACGAUGCCUGCGAGCAGCUGAACAAGAAGAGCAACACCUUCUGGAUCAUGGCCAAGGCUCUGAAGCACUUUGUGGUCCAUGAAAACCAGGGAUAUCUGCCUCUGCCUGGAGUUCUUCCGGAUAUGACCGCCAACACGGACUCGUAUAUCGCCCUGCAACACAUCUACCGUCAGCAGGCACUGCAGGAUGCCGAUCAGGUGUACCACAAGUGCCAGGACUACCUCAAGCAGCUGUCCCUGCCCGCCGACAGCAUUGAUGAGCGUAGUGUGCGUCUGCUUUGCCGUGAGGCAGCCGGCUUGGCAGUCAUUCGAGGCACCCGCUUAGCUGAGGAGUACGAGAAGAGCUGUCGUCUGUUGCCAUUGGUUGAGGACAACGAGCUGCAGGGCAACCUCACGGCCUACAACUUUGCACUGCGCGCUUAUGAGCGUUUUCUUAGCGAGUGCGGCAACAUUCCCGGCGAGUGCACUGUGGAGCAGGACAUUGGACGCCUGAAGAGCAUCGCUGCCAAGAUGCUAAGCGAUCUGGGCAUGCAUGCAACCAUCAGCGACGAUGUUCUGCACGAGAUCUGUCGCUAUGGUGGUGCUGAGUUGCAUGCAGUGUCUGCUCUUAUAGGUGGCUGUGCUGCCCAGGAGGUGAUCAAGGUUAUCACCAAACAAUACAAGCCCAUUGAUAAUACCUUUAUAUACAAUGCCAUUACCACUGAAAGUGUCACAUUGAAGUUAUAAAUAUAUCCUGUUUUGCAAUGCAA